GGAGCCGGCGGAAGAUAUCCUGCAUCGAUAUCUGAAAAGCUCUGUGCUCUACGAUCCAUUCCGGAAGCCCCGCAAUCCCAUUGGGCUCUGCCAUGCCAGGCCUCUACGGUUUUGACGUGCGAGGCCCCUCUGCCAUCCCCAUGCUGCAAAUGCACUACUGGUCAAACGUGCUCAGCAUUCUGCAAGACAAACUGGGUGUCGAGGUCAUCGUCACGUCCGUGCCGAGCACUGGAUCAGUUGCCUUGCGCGCUGAAAGUCUCCAUCGAUUUCUCAGAGAGAAGGCCGUUGGAAAGGGGAUCAAUUUCAUAGCUCAUUCCAUGGGCGGUCUUGACUGCCGGUACUUGAUUUCGCGCAUCAGGCCGACCGAAUAUAUUCCUCUCUCGCUUACGACAAUUGCGACGCCUCACCGAGGCAGUCCGUUCAUGGACUGGUGCAGGGAGCACAUCGGGAUCGGUCGAUUGCAUCAUAAGGAGCAUGCAAAGACUGCUGGGGAUGCAGUGGCGGAAAUGGAUCCCAAAACGGGCCAUUCAUCGCACUCACUACACACGGAGGAAGAGAAGGUUCCGUCGGGAAAGCCGUUGUCAUCGAUCACGUCGCUGCCAUCGUCGUUCACGACUCUUCUCCUCUCCCUGCUCGACUCGCCCGCAUACGCAAAUCUAACUUCAACAUAUCUGAACCACGUAUUCAAUCCGCAGACUCCGGACAACCCGGCCGUCAAGUACUUCAGCGUCGCGGGCCGCAUCAACAACGUGAGCGUGUGGCAUCCGCUGUGGUUGCCGAAGAUAGUGCUCGACGGGUUCGAAGAGAGGGAGCGAGAGAGACUGCGUGAACAGUCGGACCCGCGCUGGGAGCGGAGCGAGGAAUGGGGCAACGACUGCCUCGUCACCGUACAGAGCGCACGGUGGGGGCAGUUCCUCGGCAUUAUGGAGGGAUGCGACCAUUGGGACUUGCGGGGCGCUCGAGGGUUGGACGUGGAACUUCCAUCGGUAUCUAUACCAGGGCUCAGCAUCACUCGCGGAAAAGGGAAGAAGGACAAUGGGCGCAAGAGAGAACAGGAAAACGGCGAGUGGAACAUCGCAGACUGGACGAGGUUCGUGCAGUUAUGGAAGAGCGAGGAGAAAGCGGCGAAAGAGGCAGCUAGAGAGGCCGGUGCUGAGAUCAGCAAGGAGAGGCAGCGGGAGAACCAAGCGACCGAGAGCGGGGGAAAGCCAGACAAAGAACAAGCGGACGAGGUGCUCAAGUCAUCGACAGACAAGCUCUCGGCCGUGUUUGACUGGAUCGUCGAGCAGAUGCCGGCUCAGGGCUCGUUGAAACCACUGUCGGCGGUGCCGCCAGCUAAGCAGAACUUGCCGUUGGAGGUCAGCAGGUCAGAGCGGGAGAAGAUUAAGAAGCGAAGAAAACGUGGUGACCUGGCGACGAAACAAGACCUGGAGAGGUUUUACAUUGCGCUGUGUAGGAACUUGUACGAUGAGGGAUUAUGAUGUAUUGUGAUGUAUU